CAGACAUACGCGGUGAAAGUACUUGAUAAGGCGCAUGUGACACGCUGGAAACAGCAGGGGAAUAGGGUGGAUGUACAGAGCGAGAGGAGGGCGCUGAUGAGGCUGUCAAGACCUGGUCAUCCCGGGGUCGUACGAUUGUUUUGGGCGAUGCAGGACCAGACUACGCUCUACUUCGUACUCGAGUUAUGCCCUAAAGGGGAUAUGACGACCGUCCUCCGCCGGCUUGGGUCGUUCUCCCUCCCCUGUGCACGAUACUAUUUUGCCCAGAUCACAGAUGCGGUGCUGUUCAUCCAUUCGCAGGGGAUAAUACACCGGGAUCUAAAGCCUGACAAUUUCCUAUUUACCGACGCUUGGAGGAUCAAGAUCACAGAUUUCGGGAGUGCAAAGGUCGUUGACGAGGGUGCCUCCCGACGCUCCUCCUUCGUCGGGUCACCGCAGUACGUCUCACCCGAGAUCCUAGCCCAUCAACCCGCGUCCUACCCUACCGACCUCUGGUCCCUCGGGAUCGUGCUCUACCAACUAAUAUCCGGGCGGUUCCCAUUCGACUCGGGCCCAACAGGGGGGUUAGCACACUAUCUCAUGUGGCAGAGAGUGCUCAAGGGUGAGUACGGGUUUGACGAGGGCUGGGACCCGGCUGCGAGGGAUCUUGUUACUAAGCUGUUGGUGAAUGACCCUUUGCAGCGGCUGGGCGCGCAGGGCGGGCCAGAGGGAGCAGGGGAAGUACGCUCGGCUGCGUUUUUUGACGGGGUUGAAUGGGGGAGUUUGUGGACUUGUGAUCCGCCGGAGUUCGAGCCG